UAACCACAUGUUGGAACAACAAAUUUUCCCUUCGCUUGAUUUUCCUUAAUUGUUUUUCCUCUGUCUUUUUCUAAUUGUGAUUAAAUUAUGAAAGGUAAUCAAUACUUAUUUAGUGAUUUUAAUAUUGGUCUUGUCACUGGUUUAGGUGUUGGAUUAGCGAUUAGUUUGUAUUAUGGAUUAAAACGUUCAGGAUUUUCCGGAUCUUCUUCUCGAGGUUUGUUGGACAAUUUAAAGAGAAUGAUUGUUGAGAGUAAAAAUGAUCUAAAGGAAGUUAUUUCUGAGGAAUACAAAAUGGUGAUGGUCGUUAAUACCAAGCUUAAAAUGGAAAAGGGUAAAGUGGCUUCUCAAUGUUGUCACGCUGCGGUUGGAGUGUUUAUCAAAUCGUUACUUAAGGAACCAAAGAAAAUUGAUUAUUGGCAAUCACAAGGAUCGAAGAAAAUUGUCCUGAAAGCGGCAGAUUCUGCACAAUUAGAGAAACUUCAAAUUCUAGCCACAGAAAAAGGUUUAUCGACCACUUUGAUUCGUGACGCUGGAUUAACACAAAUUGAUCCAGGAUCCAAGACGAUUCUUGGUAUUGGUCCGGACGCAGCAUCGCUAAUCAAUCAAGUUGUUGGUGAUCUCAAAUUGUAUUGAUAUUAAUUGUCAAUAAAUAAAUUAAACUAUCACCUCCAUCAUGUUGAUAUAAAAAUAUCAUCAAAGUGGUAAAAGUGAUUAUCAUUCAAAUGAAAACAAACAAUUGAA